CAUCCCUGGAUACCAAAGACAACAAUGAGGCUCUUCACAUGUUGGUUGAUGCUACUUCCGCUUGUGACAGCAGCCCCGAUAAGAGCUCCGAGAGAAAAUGUUUUAAGCUUUCUCAACGAUGCACUUGGAGCAGCCACUGAAAAGGCCAUAUCUGAAAACAUGACAGCACCCAAAAAACCUCCAAUCAUACCAGAGGAAGAGGAUUCUCAAGAUGUUUCCGAUGAUCAAUCUAAUGAGCGUGGCAACCAAGAUGCAUUUGCAGAACCUGGACUAUCUGAUGCAAACCUUGGAGAUGUUAGCAGAGACGACAGCUUCGAGGUUCCUCAGACAAAAGAAGUUGUUCAACCGCUAACCGUGAGGCAGGUGGAAGCAGCCAUUGUGGAUGUGACCAGCAUGGCAUCUCCCGAUCAUCAAAGCGGCGAGCAUGCUGAUCUGGACAGCGAGGAAGACGGCGUAGGAGUCGCAGCUGUCCAAGGUCCAGGGAAAGCCUCACCUGCAGGGCUCAGCUUGUUGGGCCAAAGUGGAGAAUUAGACAGUUUGGAGGAAAGCAACGUGAGACCUGCUACGGUGGUCAGACAAAUGGACUACGAUGAAACAAGAGAAUUUGUGAGUUCUGAGACACAUCCAAUUGCCAAGUAUCCUGUCAAGUCCAGCCAAAAAAACCUUUGAUGGGAACAUGCCUAGAAGUAUUUUUUUUUUAGCAAACUUCUUUGUAUUUUGUUGUUGUUUUUACUUCAUAAUUCUAUUUGCAUGUAUGUAGUUUGUCCUGCAGCCACGAGGAAUACAACGUAGACUAGAAUUGUUUCUCUUCAUCCUGGAAAUGACUCACAGAUGUUGACUCACAGAAAGCAGACAGCUUGAUUCUAAGUAUACUCUUCCUAAAAUAAGACACAACAUUUAAAAUAGUCUUAAAAUGUGUGUCCUGUUAGCAGAUA